AUCUCUUAGCGUCCCUCCCCUUUGAGGUAAAAGGUGAAAACAAACAUGGCAGCCUCCGGUAAAGCAGCCAUAGUGCUGAAAGCGGUAAAGAAAGUCGCCGUCCACUUUUGUCCCUUUGAGGCCAACGUCCGCUCGACUCGGGAAUUUCUUGUCGUGGUGGGCUCGGAGAAGGCUAGAUCCACCAAUUUAAAUUGCGAAGUGAUAUCUGUGGUGAAACACGACAAAUCUGAACCUUUAGUGGAUAUCUCUUAUAUUGACGGUGAGAGGCUGCUGAUGAAAGGCGCCAACCUGACCAGUAAAGAGAUGCUCAGCGCCUUCCAGGCCCGAUGCAACGCCAAGGAUCCCCAAGGCCAAACUGCUGCCAAAUAACAGACAAUAUACAUACUGUGUGUACAUAACUAGAUAUUUAUAUUAAAAAAAAAAGUAUGGUGAUAGUUUUCUUACUUCUCACCGUGUGAGUUGAACCUCAAUGUUUCUUCUUCUGGUGUACGUUGAUCCAUAGACGAGCAUGUUGCAUAACAUGCCUAAAUAAAAAGUGGUGACCUUUAUACACAAAUCCUUUUUUUUUUUUUUUUUACAUGGAGGAGGAAAAAAGUUGACCAAACAAAAAUGAAUACCUUUCACCCAGUCACACCCACAAGUCUCUUUUUGCACUUAAAGUGAGCAUACUUGAUUCACAAUAUCUGUGAAGAAAAAGUGUACUUUUAAUCCUAGUUCAUUUUGGCGGGUAAACAUUGAAAGGAAAAGGCGAUUAAUCCAUCAAAUUCAGAAAUGCUCUUCUUUGUUACAAAUUAUAAAGUGUAUUUUCUGAAAGAAUUUGAACGCAAUUAUUGACGUUUCUUACCGUUUUGAAAAGCUAGCCAAAAAUGCUCAAAGCUUGCUUAAAGAGGUAAAAGCGGGAAUUCACUACUUUCUAGUUUAUAUGGUAGAAAAUACAGGCAUGAAAAUUUCCUUUUGGCGAAAUUCGCCAUUUUGAAGUCAAAAAGGGGACCUACACUGCUGUUCAAAAGUUUGGGUUCACUUUGAAAUUUUUUUUUUGAAAGAAAAGCAGUUUUUUUCAAUGGAAAUAACAUUAAACUAUUCAGAAAAAAAGUAUACAUUAUUAAUGUGGUAAAUGACUAUUCUAGCUGGAAACGUCCGGUUUUAAUUAGGGCUGUCAAAAUUAUCGCGUUAACGGGCGGUAGUUAAUUUUUUAAAUUAAUCACGUUAAAAUAUUUGACGCGAUUAAAGCACAUGCCCCGAUCAGACAGAUUUAAAUGACAGUACAGUUAACUGCCCACUUAUUAAUUGUGUUUUAUGGAGUUUUGCUGCCCUCUGCUGGCGCUUGGGUGCAACUGAUUUUAUAGGCUUCAGCACCCAUGAGCAUUGUGUAAGUUAUUAUUGACAUCCACAAUGGCGGGCUACUAGUUUAUUUUUUGAUUGAAAAUUUUACAAAUUUUAUUAAAACGAAAACAUUAAGAGGGGUUUUAAUAUAAAAUUUCUAUAACUUGUACUAACAUUUAUCUUUUAAGAACUACAAGUCUUUCUAUCCAUGGAUCGCUUUAACAGAAUGUUAAUAAUGUUAAUGCCAUCUUGAUUUAUUGUUAUAAUAAACAAAUACAGUCCUUAUGUACCGCAUGUUGAAUGUAUAUAUCAGUCUUGUGUCUUAUCUUUCCAUUCCAACAAUAAUUUACAGAAAAAUAUGGCAUAUUUUAUAGAUGGUUUGGAUUGCGAUUAAUUGCGAAU